UGAAGUGAAAUUUCUAGGUGUUAACAGCUGUUUUGAUGACACUCUUUGUGAUAAUUAUGUUGCGAUUCUUUUGUGCAUAUGACGACACGUUGUCUCCCGAUAAUCGAAACAGUUUUUAUAUACUCAAACUCAAGGUUUCUAUUUAAGAAUAAUUUGGAUUUAUACGCGCAAUUGACAAGUUUUUUCCACUAAAAUUAAACUCUACGUGGGGUAUCUGGUAUUUCUUGAGCCAAUAGGGUUUAGCGUCGGUUAACCCUUCUACCAAUUAGGCGUUUAUUGAAGCGAGAGAACACUUUUCGGUGAUAAUAAGAAUUUUGGAUAAUUCGUAAAGACGUUCGUAUCUGUUCAUAGUUGCUAGAGUGAACGCGGCCCGUAAUUUUCAAGUAAAAGAUUGAUAGUAAAAUUUCCAAUGGGUGAUCCGCGACGAUCUUUUAACGGAUUUUCCGCGCUAGGUUCGGACGAAGAACUUGACGUUUUUGGCGAUAGCGAACCGUUUUACCAAUUGGCGGCGCAACUUCGCGCUGCUGCGAUGGUGAACGAUCACGCAGAUUCGACGACCAGUGGGCCCUCGACAUCGCGACCCCCUGCUGAACAACCGGUGAUAGCCGAUGGUCAGCAAGCCCCAAUAGCGAGACCAGUGAUCACGGCGCCAGCGAUGCCCUUGCCGAACUUUCAAGCGACAUUUGGUCCACCGCCACCUGUUACAGUGCUAUAUCCGCCGCGAUUUGAAGUGAUUUCCGGACAAUUUCUGGGAAUUCCUCCGAUCUGCACGUCGAUUGUUUUCUGCCCCGAGUUGAAUUGUCGCGUGGGGGUGAUUGGUUAUGGGGGACGUUUGCUAAUUUAUAUUUCCUACCAGUAG